AGUUCUAGUAUAUCCGGCGGCGCAUGCGUAAUGCAACAUACCGACAGCUAGAAGAGGAAACGGCUAAGCUAGUUAACUAUUAGCUAAAGAAAGCAGUUAUUUACAGACAAACCCUACGUUGAAAUGUUUCGGAGAAAACUAACAGCGCUAGAUUAUCACAACCCCGGUACAUUUGACUGCACAGAUGAGACACAGUUCAGGAACUGCAUCGUGUGGCUGGAGGACCAGAAGAUUCGACAUUAUAAGAUAGAGGAGCGAGGAAACCUGAGGAACAUCCCGAGCUCAGACUGGCCCCAAGCCUUCCACACGUACCUGCAGGACCUGAACUGUCCGUUCGGAGGUGAGCAGAAGCCGGAGGCAGUAGACUGGUUACUGGGCCUGGCUGUAAGAUAUGAAUAUGGAGACAAUGUGGACAAGUAUAAGAACUGUGAGCCGCUGGCAGCCUCCAGCAACAGUGACAAAGCAGUGGAUCCUCUCCUCAACCUUGACAGUAAUUCCCCAGAUUUCAAAGCAGGAGUGACGGCUCUGGUCAACAUCCUAAAGAUACAGCGACAUGAUGACUAUCUGGUUAUGCUCAAGGCUAUUCGUAUUCUGAUCCAGGAUAGACUUUCUCCAGAAGCCAUCACUAAAGCCAGCAACAACAGAGAGGGAGCUCCAGUAGCUUUGGACAAGCACGUCUUGGGUUUUGACACUGGAGAUGCCAUUCUGAACGAAGCGGCUCAGAUCCUGCGCCUGCUGCACAUCGAGGAGCUGAGGGAGCUCCAGACCAAGAUCAACGAGGCCAUCGUCGCCGUUCAGGCCAUCAUAGCCGACCCCAGGACAGACUACAGGCUGGGCAAGGUCGGCAGAUGAGAGCGAGGAUGAAGAGGGACGCUGGAGGAAGGGAGGGAGGGACUCAGCCAAGGGAAUUUCAAUUUGAUGUGGAGAGGAAAAGCCUGCCUUUGUUGGACAUAAAUGAGUUUGUAUUUUCUGACUGAUCAGAUUGGGAAUUUGAAGCAAAUGCCAAAUUUUCAAAUGCUGUCUUUCAUUUUUGUACUGCAGCAUAGAUAAGUUUACACUACACCUUCCACUAGUUUUUGAUUGUUUAGUAUUGGAGUACUGAUUUCUGCUAAUACGUUAAGUCAUUAGUUUGUUUUUCAUAGAUUUGAUAAUCUCCUGGCUGCCACAACCUCUCCCUCUAUAGACACCACAGAGAAGCUUCUUAAAUAUUCAAACAGAUGGUUAUUUUUGUGUCUUUUUUUUUCCAGAGAAAACUUUUUUUUCGCAGAUGGAAAAAAAAAGGUUAUUUUGAAAUGUUUGAUGCUGUGUGGGAAAAUAUAUAAAUACAGCUGAAGAGUUG